AUGGACAAUGCCAAUGACAACGAUGUGAUUCCGUCGUCGAUAAUUCGCCUUGCCGAAAUCCUACAACCUAUUCCCGACAAUACGCUUCGAUUAUGUGAACAAGUUGAGAUGACCGAAGGUCGUAUACCACUACAGGUUUCUUUUCAAUGCUGA